CCAAAAUAGAUCUAAAGAAAAUCUGAACCAAAAAAAAGUCCUCUCGGCAACACGAGCAUAUGUUGUCUAUCAAUGAACAAAGGGCUGAAAGGUUGUUGGGAGUUGUAAACUUCAACAGGAACCAAGAGAGACUCAAUAAGAUAAGGAUCCAACAGUUUCAAGGUAACAGAGGGGUAAGGAUUGGUCACUUUGACCCGGAAAACAUGACCUGAGCAACGGAGAACUCGCCAUGAUUCCAGGACAGGAGCAGACGGGAACUGGGAAAGGGGGCCGGAUCGAGUGAGAGUGAGGGUGGUAACCCUCCGAGAGAUAAGGAUCUUGUGAAUAAGCCGCUGGUAAAACCCAGUGGCAAUUUGUUUUAUGUCAUGAGUUGUGUGGCUAUGUUGGGUUUAAUGUCAUCUUUUGGUUUCUUUACGUCAAUUCCACUACAGACAUCACAGCAUCAUCAGGCAAUCAUCCCCAAGGCUCAAUAACAUGAUCGUGAUUGGCUGCAUGCAAGCAUAUUGCUGUGUAUUUUUGUUUAGAGCUGAGACUUUUGUGGAGUCACUGGACAGACACACAUGAUCUGUAAGACAAGAUGGUGGAUUUUUUCUCUUACAUUUCGCCUAGCAUUUGGCACGAUGUUUGUCAAAACAUGGAGGGUUUACAAAAUUUUCAUCAACAAGCAUCUUUACAAAGAGUUCUGUCCUUUCCGGGACGAACUCUUUGCGGGGGAUCAACGUACCAAAGCGAGGCGAGAGGCGAUCGAGGCAGAAACCCUGCAGAUCCCAGCACCAAUCGUUACGGCGGAGAAAAUUAUGCGAUAUUUCCUGCGCCGUAAUAACAGCCUGAUCGCCAGACGAUCUCGAUCCAGACGACAAACUGGUGAAGAAAGUGCACCAAAUAAUACCAUCAAUAAUGUCAUCUACGUCAUCGAUUCCUCCAACUCGAUUCGAGAGGAAAACUACCAGAAAGGACUUAAAGCCCUGGUUUACCUGACUGAAAGGGCCAGAAAUGAUACACUCUAUGCUGUGGUGAAUUUUGCCACGGGUGCCACUGUGCUCACACCAAAAUUCAUCUCCAAAAGUGAAACAAUAGCUCUACUGCCGACAGUGAUUCGAAAGGCAGGCCUUACCAAUACCCAGGAGGCUUUGCAGGUGUGCAAAGACAGGCUCUUUGGAAAUCCUCUGUCUGGUUUUGACCCAGCAGGUCACAAAAAUGUUCUCCUAGUCACGGAUGGCUUAUCAAACAUGGGGAAACAUCUUACGUUAUUCAAGGCCUUCAAUUUAAAAGAUGAUGGGGUUGAGAUAUUCGUAGUAGCUGUUGGGGGUUUUACCUACGGCCUGCAAGAGAUUCUUGGGCUUGUUUCGUCUACUGACAGGCAUUUGUAUCGUGUUCUGGAUAUGGACGGACUCAUUGAAGUCGCAAACCUUAUUCCUUCCUUGCAAUAAAUAUGUAUUUGAGAUUUCCCCCUUUCCUGACCAAUGCCCAUUUUUGUACUGACCGAGUAAUAAAUCACAUCAGAGAGUUGUAA